GAGCUCCAUGUAGACCUCGGCGCCCUCCCCGCCGCCCCGCACUCGCAGCAGCCGCAGCAGCUCGCUCACGUCGUGGUGCAGCCGGAACUCGCUCAUGGCCGCGGCCCGCCGGCAAGGGCGCCCCCCACCGCGCCUGCGCGCCCCCGCCCGCCGGAACCAGAAGCACGCCCCGCCCACCCGCUUCCGCUUCCCGCCCGCCCGUUGGCAAGAUGGCGCUUCCCGCCUCCGCGGCCCCCUUCGCCUUCGCCCCCGCCCGCCGCCGCUUCCCCGCCCGGGACCGCUUCUUCGAGGACGGCGACGUCGAGCGGCACCUCCAGCUGCAGCAGGCCGCCCUCGCCCGGGCCCCGCAGGAGGAGGAGGAGGAGGAGAGAGGGAGGAAGGCCGCAGCGCACUGCUGGGUUUUUUUGCCAUUCCUUGGGAUGCGGCCAGACUUUCAGCACCUUGGAGAGUUACGAACAUCACUACAACUUGCUCCAUAGAAAUGUCUGUUCUUCUUGCAAGAGGUCCUUCCCCUCAGCACACUUGCUGGAUGUCCACAUCCUGGAGUGGCACGACUCCCUCUUCCAGGUCAUGGCAGAAAAGCAGAAUAUGUACCAGUGUCUGGUCCAGAGCUGUGCAGAGAAGUUCAAGAGCAGCAAAGACCGAAAGGACCAUGUGAUCAAAAUACACCAGUAUCCCUCUGACUUUAGGUUUGAUAAACCUAUGAAAUCUAAAAGAAUCCCCCCCAGCAUUUGUUUCGGGGCAGGAGCCACCCGUGGCUUUAAAAGCAGGAAGAAAAGAGCCUGAAUGUGGCAGCCCAGCCAGCGGGCUCCAUGUGGACACGUGGCAGCCACGGAGGAAUGGGAAGUGUGGCAGAGGAACACCAGCCUGGGAAGGACGGAGCCUUCUUGGUGCAUCCGCCAGGGCAGAGGGAGGGGGCGGCACAGCCUCCUCCCCAGGGAGGUGCCUUCAGAGGGCACUCUGCCCACCACUGCCUCCUCUGCCUCCGAGCUCAGCUCCCUUCAAGACCUUCUCCAUUAAUUAAAAAGGAUGAAUUUGGAGGUCAGCGUGGCCAAAA